AUGCAUCACAGCUCAACGAUUGAUGAAAGCACAAAAGAAAUAAAAAAACCAGAAAUAAUCACUUUUUAUAACUGCACCAAAGGUGCAGUAGACACCAUGGACAAAAAAACCGAAAAUUAUACAGUUGCCCGAAAAAGUUGUCGAUGGCCACUAACUGUAUUUUAUUCAAUACUGAAUAUUGCUGGACUUAAUUCACAAAUAAUCUUUCAAGAAAAUACAAAUAUUAAAAUGUCACGCCUAAAUUUCUUGAAAACUUUGUCUCGACAAUUGAUGGAAGAACAGUUAAAAUAUCGCUUGACAAUAGAUGUAUUGCCCAAGACCAUUAAGUUAAGACUAAAACAAUACGGUACGAAAACUAAUGAAGCUGCUGGUACCAGUCAGCGAGUUCGAGCAUCAGGGAGAUGUGCAUUUUGUGAAAGGGCCAAAGAUAGGAAAAGCAAUUUGUGGCUACACAAACCAGUUUGUACGAACUUUGCGAGAUUAAUUUGUCGUGAUCAUAUAAUAGAAACAUUUACCGGAUUGUUUUAUAGAUAUGUAAUAAAAAAACCAAUUUAA